AUGAAUCUCUCUCCAAACUACAGGCCUGCGGAGCAGGCACAAUUAGAGAAUUUCGGCGUCGACUGGGUAGUCCUCUAUGAGUUUGGGGAUCUCGACCCAUCGAAAGCCAUCGAAGAAUUCGAAGCCCUGCUGCAAGAUCUACAUGAAGCCAAUCUGGAGGCACAAGUACGCCACGGGCAUGGAGCGUCCCUCCUAGUCUUCAUCAAAGUCCCGCGUCAUCAUCUUGGCAAUCUUGUGCACCAAUCUAGGAUCAAAGACUGGCUAUACGGUAUUAUCCACGAAAUUCCCGCCGGUGACGAGCAGACAAUCGCAGACGCCGAGACCCCCGCCGAAGCCCUCCGAUCGGUCUAUCAUGCAGUGACCUGGAAGAAAUCGCUUGGGGGAGCCCAUAUAACACCAAAACAUGGCAAAUGGAAGAAUAUCGCUUCGGCCUUUCCGUUGCACGACCAAGCUGCCAAUGCAGAGCUGCUGCGGAAGUGGAGCAGGACUAUACUAUUGACAGCGGAAGAUCUGGACUCCAUCCGGGCGUUGUUCGGGGAAAAGGUGAGCUGA